AUCGCUUCUCAGCUUCCUCUGUACCCACUACCCAGUCCACCUUUCACCCGCCGUUCCAGACUUCCAGCCUUGCGCCGCCGGCUGGUAUUUGUGCUUUCUUAGCAUUUCUUUCAUCUCCGAUUCUCGGAAGUAGGCUCAUGUUCAACCAGCCGUAAGAUUCGUCCAUGUCGAACUCGUCGUCGCCAAUACAAUUCUAGGGGUUUCAUGAUGCGAAGAUUCCGUAACUCUUUAUCAGCUUUUCGAACAUUCUGUGGUUCCAAUCCCAUCUUCGCAAGUAUUUCUCCUUCAGUUCCCCGUACUCUGCCAAGCACUGAUUUCCGUGCGCCCAGCUUUCCCUCCAAGAAUGAUUGGCGUUUCUACUGUACUCAAAUGGCUGUUGUGUCAGAGCAAACCCUUAGUCCUACUAGGAGGCGCAAUGACCUUAUUGAGCUCCAGAGGGAAAGACUGUGCGAAACUAUAGUGGGAACCUCCGAGUCAUUACAGCCCAAGCAGAAUCUUCACAUGGAGGAAGCACUUGAUCUGCUUGGUAUACAACUCACUACUGAUUUGGUCCUCGAGGUUCUUCACAGGCUUCGUUACGAUGAAAAGACGGCAUUCAGAUUCUUCACGUGGGCAGGGCGGCAGGAAGAUUAUGCGCACGAGGCCUGUGCUUACAACGAAAUGAUGGACAUUUUGUCGAGCACCAAUUACAAAGUGAAGCAGUUUCGGAUUGUGUGCGAUAUGCUUGAUUACAUGAAGAGGAGCAACAGGAAGAGUGUUCCCACGGAGGUUCUGUUGAAGAUUUUGAGAGAUUACACGCUGAAGUACCUGACCCAUGUUCAGAAAUUCGCCAAGAAGAAGAGGAUUCGGGUGAAGACUCAGCCGGAGAUCAAUGCGUUCAACUUGCUUCUGGAUGCUUUGUGCAAGAGCUGUCUGGUUGAGGAUGCUGAAGCUUUGUUUCAAAAGUUGAAGAAUAAGGUUAAGCCAGAUAGCAAUACGUAUAACAUCUUGUUCUUUGGGUGGUGCAGAGUUAGGAACCCGACUAGAGCAAUGAAGGUUCUCGAUGAAAUGAUCGAGCUCGGUCUCCCGCCUGAUAAUUUUACCUAUAAUACUGCUAUCGAUUCAUUCUGUAGAGCCGGCAUGGUGGAUGAGGCUGCUGAUCUAUUUGAGUUCAUGAGAACCAAAGGUUCGACACUUUCUUCUCCUACUGCAAAGACUUAUGCUAUAAUGAUUGUAGCUCUAGUUCAGAAUGAUAGAAUGGAUGAGUGCUCGAAAAUUAUAGAGCAUAUGACUGCAAGUGGUUGCCUUCCGGACGUCCCAACUUACACAGAAAUGAUUGAAGGAAUGUAUACAGCUGGCAAGACGGAUGAAGCAUACCGGUUCUUGAAAGAGAUGGGAGACAAAGGUUAUCCUCCUGAUAUAGUUACUUACAAUUGUUUCCUGAAUGUGCUUUGCAAGAACAAAGAAGCUGAUGCAGCACUCAGGCUGUAUGGGCAAAUGUCUGAGGCAGGGUGUUUGCCUAGUGUUCAGACGUAUAAUAUGCUGAUCUCGAUGUUUUUUAAGAUGGAUGAUUAUGAUGGUGCUUGUGAGACUUGGGAUGAAAUGGAGAAAAGAGGGUGUGAAAGAGAUGUCGAUACCUAUAGUGUGAUGAUUGAUGGGCUCUUCCAUUGCAAUAAGAUGGAGGAUGCCUGUUGUCUUGUAGAAGAGAUUGUUGAUAAGGGGAUGAAGCUACCUUAUCGGCAGUUCGACUCCUUCCUGAUGCAGCUUUCAGUGACUGGUAAUCUAAAAGCCAUCCACAAACUCUCUGAGCACAUGAGGAAGUUCUAUAAUCCUGCCAUGGCAAGGCGGUUUGCACUAAAUCAGAAGAGGAGAAGCCAAAGUUUUCGAGGAAGAAAGAAUAUAUGAGUAUGAUCUGUACUUUAGCCGUGUUUUACUCCAUGUUUUGUUAUAUUAUAGUUCCUACUUGCUCACUCAUUCAGGUGACAAAAUCUAGUUCGACAAAUGUCUUUCGAGGUCUCCCGAGCAUAUCUUUGUUCUCUCUUAAGAAUAGUAUUUGUUUCUCACUCCACUGUGUCCCUCCAUCUGCCAACAUUAACGAUUUCCCAUUUUUCAGCAUUUCAGUGCAAAAACUUAGGUGAUAGCGGCUAUGAAGUACCUAAAUUGAAUGGGUGUUGGACAUCUAUUGCAUUCUUAUAUACUAGUAUGAUAACUGUUGUUGCUCCUCAGGACUAUAUCGUAUUGCAGAGUUGCUAGGUCUUCUGUAGAACGAAUGAUCACUUGUGUAGUUAUCUCUCUUGAGCAGUUUGAGAAAGUGCGACCAUUUGAAUUUGGUUUGGAGCAACAGUUGCCAGUUCAACUUCGGGAGAAUUUUGUUUCCUCUAGAGAAACUCCAGGGACACAAGCCAGCCUGUAAGAGUGCAGGUACAUUGCAAGCGGUUCAUUCAUCGCACAAUGUCAGUUGCUAAAGUGCAUUUUGUACUCUGGAGGCUGGUGCGAGUGUCAAGAACGAGAUGGUGUAAGAGCGACAUUGUCAGCCUUCCAUGGACUUGGAAGGUCAAAAUACGCAUCAUGAAGACAUCUCGUGAUGAUCCUGACCUGAUCAGGUCACCCACCAGCAAGCAACAGUUUAAAGAAGUGGGCAGCAUCAAAGAUACUCAAAGAUAUGAAGAGAUCUCAGUUUGAGCCCUCUGGAAGUGAGAAUCGCCAUGUCUGAAACAUGUAGAUCGGCCAUUGAUAGAAAAUCGACGAGGAAUAAGGAAUUACACCAGGCGUCGGAGGAACAAGAAUGGUAAAAUACACAGAGAAAAUAAGCAAUUGCUAAGCAGUCUCAACCACAUUAAUGUAAGCUGGUACAUGGUCGGUCUACAAUUCCAGACAGAGAUUCUAUGUCAAUCAAUCAAUGGCUGCCUCAAAACAGCAACUGAUUGAGAUCUCUGUUCCCUUUUAUUUCUUAGCUUUCAAACACAUUAUCUGUAGUCUGUAAUCGGUUGCACAAAAUCAGGUUAAAUUUUUUUUAUGGAUAAACUAGAAAGAAGAAGCAAAAGAGGAACGAACUCUACCCAAAUGUGGUUUCCUUGAUCGACCUCUUAUGGAGGAAUUCAACUCUCUCCAUUGUUAUUCCCGCCCUUUUCCUCCCAUAUAACAGGAGCUCAGUUCUCAUCACUCGGCCCAAAAACCUUCAUUCUCGACAAUGGAGUCCUCAAGUAUCCAUCCACCUCAAACUUCUUCGGCGAGAGCUCUCGAUACUUGGCGAACUGCUGCUUCGCCUCCACGUCCUUAUCCAGCAGGCUGUAAAUCAUUCCCCUGCAGAAAUACGGCCGGAAAUCCUUGGGAUCCUCCUUCGACAGCUCCUGGUAAAUCCUCAUCGCCUCCUCUACGUUCUUCUGCAGGAACUGUAUCUGCGCCAUUAUCAGCCUCACGUCUCGAGCUUCCUUCACCUUGUUCUCCUCUUCCGCUAUCUGCAGAGCAUUCUCCAGCCUCGCAAUCACCGCCUCCCGUUCCCCGCACUUGUCCAUGAGCAGCGCAUUCUCGAAAAGAGCCUCGAACGACAGAGGAUUCACAGCGAGAAUUUCCUCGAACACCUUGCGGGCAUUCUGGGACUGACCCAUCUCGUUGUACAACCUCGCCAUCAGGAACUUCCACUCCACCGCCGCGGGCUGGGCGGCGACGAGACGGGUCAGGAUCUUGAGCGCCUCCUCGUCUUCCCGGCUCUCGAGCUUCUGCUGCAGCAGUGACUUCAGAGACUCGACGGCUUCGGUGUUACCCACGAGAAACUCGGACAAAGGAGAGGCGAAGGAGGAAGAAGAAGAAGAGUCCUCAUCCUUCAGCUCCACAGCAGCUGGGUUCUGUGGCUCCAGUUGCUCUUCGAUGGUGGCCGGGGUUUCUUCAGCUAGAGUAGCUUCGGCUGCUGCAGGGGGUUCGGCUUUGGCCGGGUGGAGAACGGUGAAAUGGGCGGCGGCGGAAGCAGAGGCGGCGAUCAAGACGGCGGUUUUGGCCAGGGUUUUGAGGCGCUGGAUGAUUAAGGGUGGGUGUGGGUUUGGUAGGCAUGCUGUAAUGGUGGGAAUGGAAGAAGGUUGCGGGUGGGCGAGCCUGGUGGAAUUGAGACGAUGGGGGAGUUGGGAAGUUGAAUUGAAGGAGGAGGAAGAAGAAGGUACUUUGAAAUUGAGGAAGGAAGUGGUGAGCGUGGAGUUCAUUGUCGGAGGAUCAAUGGCGACCCUUUUCUUCCUUGUUCGUAGGUCAGCCUUUUUCUUCCAAUGGGUAAUGGAAGAGGGAGAGGAAGGAGACGAGUUCGAUGGUUGUUAGGGUUUAUAGUAACAGAGAAGCAGAGUGACGAUGUAGAGUGUAGACGACAAAAUGGUCAAGCCGGACCAGCAAAAUUAUAAAAUAAAAAAAUAAAGCUUUUUGUAUAUCUUCUCC